AGACCUCAUGUUUCCUAACAUCAUAAAAAUGGUUGUAAAAAACCUUUUUUCUCAACUGUGAUGCAUAAAUAAUGCAUGAGAUGCCCAAGGGCUUUCUCCCAGUGGGAGAAUAAUAGUUUCCUGGGAUGUCCUGCUCUUGUUCCUUGUCCAUGCAGAGCUAGAAUGGGCAGGUAAUGUCCUCUUCAAGCCACAUGACCACUGUCUAGAGGUGCUGGGUUAUAUAUCAGGGUUAUUCUGGUCACCUGGUAGAGCCUGGAGCAUCCCAACCCAGAUAUUGGACCCACAGCACUGUUAUGGUGGGAGCAGGACAUUGAACUAUCAUGGUUACUGACACUGAAUGGUUAAUGUGGGGUCAUUAUUAAUUUAAUUUGGUAUUUAAUCAUGGUUCUGCUGGGAAACAACAAAGGUCUUAGGUGUGUGUCUGGGACACACUGCUGAGCUGCAGGUCAAUAUGGAUCAGUUCCUCCCUCUUAUGGAUGUGUGGGGCCUCAGCCAGAGGUUUGAUUUCAGUUUUGUUCUCUGUCUGUCCCUUUUCUGCUGGCUGGGCUUGGUGUGCUGCUCUUGCCACCUUUUCUUCAGAAAUCUCUCUCUGCUCAGCUUGCUUUUUUUAGCAGCGUGCUUUCAUCAUUUAUUAUACUAAAGGCGCUCCUGCAAUGGAGGAGGUUUUGGCUGUUAUUUUUAACUGAAUGUUUCAUUGAUCUGAUUUACAGCAUGAGCUGCCGGCUGCUGUAUUAGAGAGAGAGUGGAGAGCCAAGCGUGGUGUGGGGCAGGGAAGGAGCAGUGUGGGAAGGUCCUAACUUACCUCCCUUGUCAGAGCUAAUGCAUCGUGGAGCUGCAGCCCAAAGGUGCCGUUUCACAUCACUUUAAGUCAAUAUAAGUCAAGAUUUUUUUUGGUAUUUUUUUUUUAAAGGCUUCCAUUGCCUUCACCCUCUUUUAUUGCCAGUAUUGGCGUCCGUGUGUCUGUGUGGUGAGCCAAUUCCAUAGUUUGAUUUAUUCAAAAUGAAACUCUACCAAUAAAAAAAAAGGGAUUUGGUGUUUGGCUAGAAGAGGUGAGGAAGGGUUUUAGUACCUGAAGGAGGGCUAUAAGAAAAAUGGAGACAGACUUUUUAGGAAGCCUUGUUGUGAUAGGACAAAGGGAAAUGAUUUCAUACUAAAAAAGGGGAGAUUUAGAUUGGAUACGACUGGAAGAGAUUUUUUACGCUAAAGAUGAUGAGGCAUUGGAACAGGUUGUCCAGAGAGGUGGUGGCUGGGUCUCCCCAUCCAUGGAGACAUUCAAGAUCAGGCUGAAUGGGGCUGUGAGUUCCUUGAUCUACCUGUAGGUGACCCUAUUUAUUGCAGGGGAGUUGGACUAGAUGGUCUUUAAGGGUCCCUUUCCAACUCAAACAAUUCUGUGAUCCUAAGAUUUUUAACUCUGUGGGUUUGAUUAAUCUUGCCUUCAUCCAUAGAUGAAGAGAGAGCCAUCAUAGUGUGGAAUGACCUUGGCUGGUAUGAUGGGACCUUGUUUGGCGUGUGAUACCAAAAAUAGAUUAUUCUGGGCAGUGCCAUUGUCCGUGGUGUGGAGCAUCCAUUAUUGAUGCUUUGGUAUACUGUGAGUGCAAGCCAGAACUAGGAGUACCUGAAACCUUUAAUGACGUAUCAGCAUGUUCAGCUUGGUUCUGACCAAAUGCAUGAAUAAAAGGAGAAGCCUGAGGAAUGGGUUAUUUUUCUACUUGGCGAACCAGAAAAUUAAAUACAAACACAGCGUGUGGGUCCAGGGUAUGAAAGUGAGAACAAAUGAGCACUGUUAGGUUGUUUUCAGAAGUGGAAUUUAUCUUUUGAAAGUCUGAAGUCUCUCACUUCCUUUAAGGCUUUCUCCUGUUGGUGUCUUGAUGCUUUUUCCACUUUAGUAGGUUGGCUGAGUUAAUCACAUCAGAGAGAAGAGUACAGAUCACUGAUCUGGGCUUUCCUUCUCCACCCAACCAUCAGCGAACUUGUUCAUGAAGCACAUAAGAGCUUAAUAUCUCAAUGUCCACAAGGAAAACAGAGGAAAAUUCAGCGAUUACCUAUUUUCUGUGGGAUCAUUCAGUUGAAUGGUUAGUGCAUCCAGUCAACCAGUCAGUAAGUGUAUAGGUCUAGAUUAUUCAUCUGUGCUGCUUGCUGCUUGUUUGGUACUUGGGAGGAUACUUUGGAGAGGGAAUUGAAAAGUGAGUGGGAAUUGAAGCUGUGGUGGCAAAACAUCCGUGGAUAUAUGUUGGUAUAGAACAAGAGAGUGGAGUCAUUGUGGCAGAGGGAGUGUUGUAAGAGAUGUUCCAUGCUCACCACCUUCUGGUGAGAAAGCUUUUCAUAACACCCAGCCUGACCUUCCCCUGUCACAACUCAGUGUGUCCUUUGUCCUCCCCUGGACCCCUAACCAAAGAAAUUAUGGUCCCAGAGAACUCAGAUAUGCAGAGUAGCUCCUCUGUGAGGUCAUGGUAACUGUCAUAAAAACAUAGAAUGGCUGAGGUUGGAGGGACCUCAAGGUAUCUAGUUCCAGCUCUCCUGCUGUGGGCAGGAUUGCCAGGCACUACAUCAGGCUGCCCAGGGAUGCUGGAUUUUAAGUUGCUUGGUGAUAGGUUUAAAGUAUAAUCCUGCAUCCUCUGCUAUCUAGAAAAUGUCUUAUGGAUCCAUUGAUGGGAGUGGAUUUGGUAGGAACCCAUUUGGAGGCCCUUCGAGACAAGGCUAUCAACCUCUUGCCACCCAGAUUGAUCCCAGUGAACUACAGGAACUUUUUCAGGAGACUUCAGCCAAUGUCUUCCGAAUUAACUCCAGUGUGACCUCUCUGGAAAGAAGUCUUCGAUCUCUGGGGACCUCCAAUGAUAAUCAAGAACUGCAGGAUGGACUGCACGCAACCCAGCAAGAGACUAAUAAAACCAUCACGACUAGCACCAAAGCCAUCAAGCAGCUGUCUGAGGUUGUCAGAGGCUCAUCCAGGCAAGAACGACUUCAGCUGGAUAGGCUGAAGAACCAGCUGUCUGAUGCCAUCCAAAGAUAUGGAGCUGUGCAGAAGAAAAUAGCAGAGAAAUCCAAAGCUUUGCUUCCUACUGGGCAGAGAAGUAGCAAACAAAGCCCUAGGACUCCCUUUUCUGACCUAGCUGACGAUGAGAAGAUCUUUAAUGGAGGAGAUGGCACGUGGCAAAACCAGAGUCAGGAUCAAGCCUUGCUCUCAGAAAUCACAGAAGAGGAUCUGGAGGCCAUCCGUCAGCGGGAGGAGGCCAUUCAACAGAUUGAGAGUGACAUGCUGGAUGUGAACCAGAUCAUUAAAGACCUGGCCUCCAUGGUACAUGAGCAAGGAGACACAAUAGACAGUAUUGAAGCCAACAUUGAGACUGCAUCUUCUAAUGUAGAAUCAGCCAAUGAGCAGUUGGCAAAAGCAAGUCAGCACCAACUACGAGCCAGGAAGAUGAAGUGCUGCCUCCUCUCUGCUGCUGUGGCCGUUCUGCUGUUCAUCGUCAUAAUCAUUGCAGUCUCAGUCAAAAGCUGAUCUGAUGACUUUUUCCACAGAGUCUGUGAUCACCCCGUGAAGUGGAAUGGAUUCUCAAGGCAUUUCACAUUCAUGCCCUAUGUCAGUGUCUGCUUUGCUGAUCACGGUGUGUUGAAACUGCUCUAAGCAACAAACACUAAUUGUAUGGAAGAAAAGCUAAGUUUUAUGCAAUGUAUAAUUGUGAAUAAGUUUUCCUGCUUUUUUUUUUUUUUUUUUUACCCUUAGAUGAAGACAUGUUUUACCCAGCAUUUUGUAUUUUAAUUGUGCCACCUUUGUAUCUGGGGGAUGUUAUUUUUUUACCUCCAGAUCUGGUGUUCUGUGCGUUGUAACAUAGGUAGCUGAGAAUUUAUUUUUAUUGUUUGUGUUUUUAACAUGCUCCUGACUUCUAACUCUGCUCAUUAGAAACUAUGACAGUUAAUGUGUUUUGUUUGACUCUUCUGUGAUUAUUUUUGUAUAUUUUAAAUAGAAUCCAGCUCAGAUUCUCAUUUCUGUACAGUGCUGCUUUAUAAUUUGCUCUGGCAAAUAUGAGCUAAAUUAUUUCAAAAUUACAUGAGUAACUUACAAACAAUCAGCAAGAUGCUUAUUGGAUUCUAUGACUCUGUACUUAUUUGAUACCACUGUAAGCAUAGAACACAUUUAUUUAUUUAUAAGAAACACUAGUGAAAGAGCAAGACAAACAUUAAGACAUACUGUGAUCGCUUCUUUGAAAAUGAUCUGCAAUGUGUUAAAAAAGUCAAGCAAUGCAUCUCUGAAAAAAAAUAAAAUUCUGUAUUUGAUUUGAUCUCAUAGGUUUCAACACAUCCACCGUUUGGGAUUUUGUUCCAUUUUCAUGCACAAUAUAUUCUGCUGAAAACAUGAUUGAAAAUGCCAUUUAAAUUCAUCUUUAAAUGUGUCAUGUACUAUAAAUGCAGUUCUCCUCCAGUAAAUAAAGCAUUUCAAAAGUGGUUUUAAUUAAAAUGUCAUAGGAAGUAGUGAAGAGAAUUUCACAAAAUGAUAUGUUUUUAUUCCUCAUGAAAAGUCACAUCUUUUACCAAAACAGUGUCUCACCAUACAAUACAAUACAAUACAAUACAGUACAGUACAAUAAAAUAAGUGAGCUCUCAAUGAAAUGUGCGUUUGGUUACUAUGAAGGUUUAGAAAAAAAUAGCAAAUAUUAAGCUAGAUUCUUACCUUCACUGAUUUAAAUUACAUGCUUCCUUGCCAAAAAGCUAACACAGUAAAGGUUGAGCGCUGAAAAUGCUCAGCAAAAUCUUGCAGGUACUUAAGCUCAUUCAGGGUCAGAAGUGCAAAGCUUAAUUAGGUUUGGGAGGAAACAGAAGUCAGAGUUUUGGGGUUGUUGUCGUUGCUAGGUUUUGUUUGCUUGUUUGUACUCUUUUCAUCUAUCCGGCAAAGUCAACAUAACUGGAUCAUUAUCAUAUAAUUGUUCCAGUUGGAAGGGACCCUUAAAGGUCAUCUAGUCCAAACACUUGUUAUUAAGAAAAGCAUAGUAAUAGGAUGGUAGCUUUUUUUUUUAUUAUUUUCUCCAAGCAAGUUGAGUGUUGUUCUGAAAUUACAAAUGUUACCUGCUACUCUACCUUACCACAGAGUGUUUACUGUUGAAGCAGAGCUCCCUGUUUAUUUCCAGCACAACCUGCAGGCUGCCUCUAUCAGCAAAACUGGCACAUUCUCUAGUGAUGAAAAUGAUUUUCAUCAAGUCACUAAGAGCUGAAGUGAACCUAGCUCAAAGCUGAUUGCAAGCAAAUAUUUUGAGAGCCUCAAGUUGCAUUUGAACAAGAGAUUCCAAAUGAAAAUCCCUGCCCAUUCACUAAUCCCAUUCAUUAGAGGCUCAGUGAUUACCUCAUUAGUGUGAUGCAGUGCAGAAACUGGUGGGGCUUACAGCGAGCCAGCUAACACAGCUGAUGGAUUUGGCACAAAUGACUCAGGUGAAGUAUUUCUCUGCUGAAACGAUAGAUGCUUUCUGGCUUAGAAAAAGCAUGAAGUGUCCACAUCGUAACAUAGCUUAUUAUAGACUUUCUUUUAAUAGCAAAUGCUAGUUUAAUAUAUAUAUUCCACUAUGUUGCUAUAAAACAGUGUGUUCCUGAAGAAUGUAUGUUUGUGUUCCUUACCCACAUCACGAGCACAUUUGCCUUCUCCUUCCUCAUAGCAAAUAUAUCCAACAAAGCUGUUAAAGAGCUGUUUAUGCUGCUCAUGUUAGUGUCCCUUUAUAAGAAAAUACUGUGGGCACACUGGCACAGUUUUAUUCUUUUUUUUUUACAAGAACACACAAACAGACACCAAACUCAACACCUCCCAAAAGCAGGAGCUUCAGUUUGGACAGAUCCCCCUGAGAAACCAUGGGGAGAGGGUUAGUGUG